GGAGUGGAAGGGUAGAAGGCCUUAGGUAUUAGUGAAUUGACCAUGAUCCUUCAGUGUGAAUUUUAUUUAUUUUUUAAAUGUUUAUUUAUUUAUUUUGUGAGAGACAGAGAGAGAGAGAGAGAGAGAGCAUAAACGGGGCAGGGACAGGGAGAGAGAGGGAGAGAUUAAUCCCAAGCAAGCUCUCCUCUGUCAGCGCAGAGCCCAGGUUGGGGCUCAAACCUAUGAACUGUGAGAUCAUGACCUGAGCAGAGAUCAAGAGUCAGACGCUUGACUGACUGAGCCACCCAGGUGCCCCUCCAUGAAAUUUUAAAUUAAGCCUCUCAUUUUGACCAAAGCUACUAAUGUACAAAAUGAUUAUAAAGGGUUUUUCUUAAAGGUGCUAAUUAGUACAUUGAACCCUCCAUCUUCUGCGAAUUUUCUGUGUUUUAACAUCACACUCAAGAUGAUUGGGAUAGACUCAUAUUUUGAUUUUACCGGAUGGUGAAACAUUUUUUUUUCUCUCAGUGAAAUGAAGUCUUAGAACAAGAAGCACGUGUUGCCCAGGAGAGUCAUGGUCAUGCAUAUUCUUCAUUUUGCUAAGAAAAUGCUAGUCACAAAUACAAUAAGAAAACUGGCUCUCAUUCCCCCCCCCCCAUGUGACAAGCACUAUCCUAUUUGUCUUAUGACAUAAUCCUGGGCAUCGCCUUUUUUCAGCAGAGAAACAAGGGUUCAGUGAGGACAGGGUGUGCUUGAGUGUCACAUGUAUGUCUGGGGAUUGGGGAAGCCUCUCUACUUUAUUGACCUGCCGGAAUUAUGGAGGAGAGGGUUUGGAACCGAUCAGAGAACCUGCUGCUACUUCCCAUGUGUGGCAUCAGAGAGCCUUGGCUCUGAUUCUCCUAUGCCUUCUGCUGCUGAUUGGACUAGGAAUCUUAGGAAGCGUAUUUUACAUAACUUUGAAGAAAGAAGUGAGAAAAUUGAAUACACUACAAAAUAUCAAAGAAGAACUUCAGAGAAAUGUUUCUCUACAAUUGAUGCAUAGCAUGAAUAGUUCCCAGAUGAUCAGGAACCUAUCUCUCACACUGCAAGAAAUAGCCACCAAAUUAUGUCAUGAGCUUUACCAAAGAGAACCAGAGCACAAAUGUAAACCUUGCCCAAAGAAGUGGAUAUGGCAUGAGGACAACUGUUACCUAGUAACUAAGAACUAUGUAACAUGGCAAAAGAAUGCCAUGUUCUGUUCUGCUCAAAAUGCCAGCCUAUUGAUGAUUAAGAACAAAAGUGUAUUGGAAUUUGUAAAAUCCAGGAACUUACGUAAAUACUGGCUGGGGUUAUCUCCCAGAAAAUAUUAUGCAGAUUACAAGAUAGUGGAUGAGACAAUUUUCUCCUCUGACUGGUUUGUAAGAAAUACAAAGGAUGUAGAUGACACCAUGUUUUGUGGAUAUAUAAACACAAUAUAUGUUUCCUAUACACUCUGCUCUGACUCAAAUAAUAUUAUAUGUGAGAAGCUGGCUAACCCAGUGAAGAUUGAGAACACACUAAUGAGUGAAAUACCAGAUGAAAAAUAUGAUUAGUGCAAGUAAUUUGCUAUUAUGCUGCCAUUUAGGCAACUGCAUAGAGCAUACAUCUUGUGGCCCACACAAAUGGAGUACAGAUGCUAUGAGACUAAAUCUCUGCCUCUCUCCUAACCAUGUACAUUUGUAAACUUUCUUUCUCCUCAUUGGCUAUGGAACAGGAGCCUAAAGUCAUACCUUAUCAUCUAGAUACAGGCUCAAUUUAUGUUGAGCAUGAAUUCAGUGGGUUGGGUGAAUAUACAGAAAACUGAAGCUAACUUUUCCCGCUUUUCCAGAAAUAACAAGGCAAAUACCCACCUUAUAGAACAUCAGGGAAAAUGAAAACUAGGAAUUAAUUAUAUCGAAAGGAUAAUACAUCACGAGCAACUGGAAUUUAUGCUGGUAAUACUGUGGUAGGGUCCCCUCCCUAAGGAGAGAGAAAAAAAGUAACCUGGCUAUGUGCCUAUGUGACAAUAUCCCUCAUGACCUUGUAAACUAAGACUACUUAAUCGACUAUAUGUUUGUGUGUGUUGCCGUAUAUGGGAAACAAAGAAAUAGAAAACGUAUAGAAAACUAUACCACAUGACGUUCGGUGCUCAGUUCUUCGAGUAUGAACCCAACUGAGCGGUGCUGGCACGAAUAAAGUUGCUUCCUGGAAAUUCAAAAGCCUCAGUGUUACAACUCUCUGUGCAAGAAUCCUGCUACAAUACAGGUUGACUUACAUGUUAGGAAAAAAAACAUAAGAAAGAGAAAGAAAAAAUUUAUUUUAGUAGAUGUGGAAAAGCAUUUGAGAAAACGUAAUACCUAAUCUCUCAGGAAACUUGAAGCAGAAGAUUUCCCUAAUCUGCUAAAGGAAGGUGACAUCAAAAGAGUGAAAAGAAAAACAAACCAAACAAAGGACUAAUAACCACCUGUAAACCUAACACCAUGCUUGUGGUAAAAAAGUGAAUGUUUUGCUUUUGAGCUCCGGAACCAGAUCAGAAUGGCCUUUAGCAUUUUGUUCAGUAACCUGGAGGCCCUGGCAGUAAAAUAAGGCAAGGAAAAUAAAUUUAAAUAUGUAAAACAUGAGAAAGGAAGAAAUAAAACAUUUUUAUUUGUAGCUAA